UGUUCAUAAAUACCGUGAGCUUCUAUUUGCCCACACCUCCGCUGUCACUCCAGGAAAGACCGACGUCGGUGGCCUCUUUCGCUCCCCCGACUUCUUUAUUUCUUAGCAAAACCUCAAACAAAUCGCAAUCAUGAGCAGGAAAUUCUUCGUUGGCGGAAACUGGAAGCUGAACGGCGACAAGAAGAGCCUCGGCGAGCUCGCGCAGACCCUGAACGCAUCCAAAGUGGAUCCUAACGUCGAGGUGGUGUGCGGUGCUCCGUCGAUCUACUUGGACUUCGCCAGGUCCAAGCUGGACGACAAGUUUGGGGUUGCUGCUCAAAACUGCUACAAAGUUGCCAAGGGGGCCUUCACCGGGGAGAUCAGCCCUGCAAUGAUCAAGGACUGCGGAGUUAACUGGGUGAUCCUGGGACACUCCGAGAGGCGCCACGUCUUCGGGGAGAGUGAUGAGCUCAUUGGUCAGAAGACAGCCCACGCUCUGGAGAGCGGUCUCGGCGUCAUCGCCUGCAUCGGCGAGAAGCUGGACGAGAGGGAGGGUGGCAUCACAGAGAAGGUCGUCUUCGCUCAGACCAAGGUCAUCGCAGACAAUGUGAAGGACUGGAGCAAGGUGGUGCUUGCGUAUGAGCCAGUGUGGGCCAUUGGCACCGGCAAGACUGCGUCCCCACAGCAGGCUCAGGAGGUUCAUGAGAAACUGAGGGGCUGGCUGAAGACCAACGUGUCCGAGGCUGUGGCAAACUCCGUGAGGAUCAUCUACGGAGGCUCUGUCACCGGCGCUACCUGCAAAGAACUUGCCUCCCAGAAGGACGUUGACGGGUUCCUCGUCGGCGGAGCCUCCCUCAAGCCGGAGUUUGUUGAAAUCAUAAACGCCAAGGCAUAAAAAAAAAACUGCGCAGCUGUAGUGUGACCACGUCCAGAUCAGAGGCCAACUCCACUGAUAUAAUAAAGUUCCAUUAUCCCUCACUCUCAGCACUUAGUCCUCUUCCUGUUUGUAUCCAAAAGUAUUUGUGUAAUGAUGCCAUACCCACCUUUUUUCCUUUUUUUUUAUUAUUUUAAAAUCUAUUGUCGUGAAGAAGGGACACGUUGACACGUGCACUGAAACGACUGAAGUCCACAGAGAAUAUUAUGCGUGCAAACUAACUUUCACACUAACUGCUCGAGUUAUAAAGACUUAAAAUUACACCUUGAGAUGGACUGCUGGCCCACGCCUUUUACUUGAAGCGUUUACCACCUUUAUUUUGUGCAAACCGUGUCAGCAUUUGUCAUUAAGUUGGAUUUGUCUUUUUAAUAUCCAUGUCUGUGGGUAAUUAUGUUCUGUGGCUUUUACCUCCCUGUAGACGUGUGUGUGAUCCUCUCGUUCAUGGGCUGCUUUGCCAAAAAUACUCAUCCAUUUCAUGGUAAUCAUUGUGUUGUGGCUGAUGGGUAUACAGGAGCAAGGCUGUAAGGUAACGUUAAAAUAAACUGUUUCAGUGUG